GAGGGGUGGACUUCAGAUAGGUAGGGAGAGGCUCUGUUAGGAGUCAAGGUCUGUGGCUUCCCAUCACCCAGGUGCUGCCCACACUCCUGUCUGCCAUCCCUGACCAAAGCCAUCAUGCCUCCCCGCCACUGUCAGAGGAAUCAGCACCUUCAGGCCCAAAGAGAGGUGGAGGGCCUGGUGGGUGCACAGGCUCCUGGAGCUCAGGAGGAGGGGGCGGCUGCCUCCUCCUCUACUGUGACCCCGGGCACCCUGGAGGAGUUUGCUGCUGCUGCGACACCGAGUGCUCAGCGAGCCUUCUCCUUCCCCACUGACCUGGCCUCCACUCCAGGGUGCCACUCCUAUGAAAGCUCCAGCAACCAGGAAGAGGAGGGGCCAAGAACCUCCCAGGACCCGGCAGAACAGGCGUCCGUGCUGCAAGAGGCACUAGAAGAGAGGAUGUCUGAUUUGGUUCAUUUCCUGCUCCUCAAGUAUCGAAUGAAGGAGCCGAUCACCAAGGCAGAAAUGCUGAAUAUUGUCAGCCAAGAUUACCAAGACCACUUCCCUGAGAUCUUCAUGAAAGCCUCUGAGUGCAUGCAGCUGGUCUUUGGCGUGGAUGUGAAGGAAGUGGAUCCUGCCGACCACUCCUAUGUCCUUGUCACCUCCCUGGGCCUCACCUACAAUGAGGAGCUGAAUGAUGACCAGCGCUUUCCCAAGGCCGGUCUCCUGAUAAUCGCCUUGGGUGUGAUUUUCUUGGAGGGUGACUGUGCUCGGGAGGAGGUCAUCUGGGAUGCGCUGGGUAUCAUGGGGGUGCAUGCUGGGAGUGAGCAUUACAUCUACGGGGAGCCCCAGAAGCUCAUUACCCAGGAUUGGGUGCAGGAAGGGUACCUGGAGUACCAGCAGGUGCCCGACAGCGAUCCUGUGUGUUAUGAGUUCCUGUGGGGUCCGAGGGCCCAUGCUGAAACCAGCAAGAUGAAAGUCCUGGAGUAUGUGGCCAAGUUCAAUCGGAGAGACCCCAGAUCCUUCCCACUCCUGUAUGAAGAGGCUUUGAGAGAUGAACAAGAGUGGGUGUGAGCAGGAGUUGCAGCCAGGGCAGAUGGGGGGGCAGGGCCAGUGCACAUCCAGGUCCCCUUCCAGCAGCUCCUCCUGCCCCAUGAGAAAUGAGUCCUCUCUUUACUCUGUGUUUGAAGAGAGCAGUCAGUGUUUUAAGUAGUGGAGGGCCCGAGUAGCUUGGGGAAACCACCAGAGCAUAACCUUUUGUGCUCCUGUUACAUUUGGGUGACUUAGAAAUUGAUCUUUGUUUUCCUUUUGGCAUUUUUCAAAUUUUGUUCUUUUUCAUAGAAGAUUUAGUUAGUUUCAGCAUCUAAGUUGGUGAAUGAUAUUGACCACGUAUGUACUUUUGCUUGUCAAAAGUAAGAGUUUACUACUACUACUUUGUAAAACAAAUGGGGAGAACUUCCAUUUCAUUUUGUUGCUUAGAACAAGGUGAAAUUGGAAUUUCAUUACAAUAGUCGUUUUCUUGGAAA